UGUGAAACUCAACUCUUAUAUCUCUGCACGUGAAGUUUUUUUUAAAGUGGAGCACAGAUGUUUCGAGGAGUAGUCCAACACAUCAAGAGGUACCCUGGAAUCAUCCCUCAGAUGUUCUUCAUCUGCCUGGGAAUGGGAGGUGCGUUCAUGUAUCUGAUCCGGUUGGCCAGAGGACCACAUGUAACCCUCUGGAACAAGAAUGAAAACCCUGAGCCAUGGAAUAAACUUGACCCCACGUACCAGUACAAGUUUGUGGCCAUCACUACAGACUAUAAAAACCUGAAGAAAGAUGGACCAGAGUUCUGA